AUGUCGGCAUUUAACUUCAAUCUUUUAAAAAAUGGGUGCGUUUCUAAAACGAACGUUGUGUGCGUCUACGGGGACGGAGCAUUUGACUUUAAUGGUACAAAAAUUACAGUUGGUAAUAGUUCCGAAAACAACAACGGUGGCCUAGGCGGUUUUGUUGGUCCAGAUCACGAGUAUUUUCUUUACUGUGGAUCGAAGUAUCCGGAGAUAGCAGUUGUGAGAUUCAAUAACAAUACUAAAAAGUGGGAAGACCAUGCAUGUAUGCAGUGGUUUAAAUUCGAGACCAAAAAGAAUAUGUUCAAGAAGAUAUGGUUCACGAACGAAGAAUCAGCCCUGAUAUUCCAACCUAAGAAAAAGUAUAGAAAACAUACCAUGGAGCAUGAGGAUCUUACUGAAGAUAUAUGGUGUAUCAAACUUAACCUCUCUACGGGUCACUUUACGGGUAUAUCAAAAGGACAGUUUAGGAGACAGAGGCAUUCUGCUUUAGAUGAGAAGAGUGUAUGGCCACUUCUUUCUUUAGGAAACGGCUCCUUGGAAGACACCCCCACCCCCCAACUGGAACAUUCACUUGCAUUCAUGAACUCGGACCGCGAAAGACAAGAAAAAAUGCUGGAGCAAUUGGAACAGAAGAAAUUACUGAUUAACAAACUAUGGUACAUGGUUAAUGAGUUGAUAAGUAUUGUGGGGUUGCAUCGCCUAUAA